UGCUCUGCAGUCAUUCCGAGCGACAACAACAGGAAACACGAGGCUGCUGUCUGGAGGGCUGGCCUCACGGUAAUAACCGGAGUCAGGUAACCACCGGACAGAGCGGCUCUAUUCCUCCUCACAGGCACGGAGGGAGGCGGUGUGAGUGAGAGCGGCUUGUCGGGACGGUUUCACCUCGUGGUUCAUUUAUUUUACAUUUAAUUUUUUUUUAAACAACGUCACCACUUUCUCUACCCGAACAAACUUUACGGACCUGUAAAAAAAAAAAAGAAGAAAAAAAGAAAGAAAGAAAAAAAAAGUUCGACAAACGUCACACUACCCCGUCGUCCGGUGUCGCUCGUGCAGCUCAGCGCGGAGUCGAACUCAGGUGUUCAGCUACACGGGGAACUUUGAGCUACUUUAGCUUUGCUGCUAACGAACUACGCUGGAAGGACGAUUUCUCUCUCUCGUUUCUUCUUCUUUGCGUGUCCGACACCUCGACUCCUCGACUUCGUGUCCCUCCCUCAGGUCAUUGGACUUGACACGUAUCAAACCAAGUGGACACGUUUUGAACAGCUGCCAGGAUGGAUGAGACGGAGAAAUACAAACAGCGGCUGGAGGCCAUUGCUGAGAAGCGCCGGCUGCAGGAGGACCAGGACCGAGCCCGGAGAGACAUGGAGGACGAGAAGCUCCGACUGCAGCAGCUCAAGAGAAAGUCUCUGAGGGACCAGUGGUUGAUGGAGGGAGCUCCCUUGUCCCCAACCUCCCAGGAAGCCCAGAGACCCCGCUCCCCUCUUUGGGGCUCCCAGGCCCAGGAGAUGGAAAAGCACAUUGACAAGUUGCAGUCAGAGAGUCAACGGUUGGCAGAGGAGGAAGAUAUGCUGAAGGAACAGAUGGGAGAUGGACAAACGGAGGCAGGGAAUAAAGCGGAGGCUGAAGCAGAGAUGGUCCAAGACGCUGUCGUGCAGAACGGGGAAAACAAUGGAUUGGAUGAAGUGAAGACAAAAAGCACACCACCGGAUGAAACCGCAGCUGUCCUGACCAAUGGCGAAGCGGACACCGAUCUCGACACCCGGGCCUCCACCAACGGACCAGUGGAAGCCUGUGGGACCAGUGGCGGCAUGGAAUCGGAGCCGUGGUUGAGCUUGGGCGUUUCUGAGGCAGAGCCUGCUCAGGUUCCACAUGUCAACUUUAAUGAGGAGGAGGAGGAGGAGGAGGAGGAGGAGGAGGGGACUCUGGUGAUGAGAGCAGAGCGUGUGAUCAUCACAGAUGAAGGGGAUGAUGUACCUGAGGAGCUUACACACCUGCAGGAGACCACGCAGACAGAGGAAGCAGGCCAAGAGGAAGGGGGGGCUGCGGAGGGGGAAGCAAAAACGGAAGCAGCUCCAGGAACAUUCGCACAACCGGAGAAGAGUGAGGCCACUGAACCCACCGCAGAGGAACAGUCGGCAACUGGAGAUGGCGACUCGCAGGGUGGCGCGAAGACGAGCGAAAGCGGAGAUGGAGAGAGAAAAUCCGAAGGGCGGGACGAAGAUUUAGAAGGCCCGACCUCUGUGCAGGUGCAUCCCCAAGCCACCACCCUAGAGGGCACUGCGGUGGCUUCGGUGCCGGUCUACUCCGAGGUGCAACCCUUCACUCUCGCCCCCGAGGUCGAGGCAGAGGGUGAAGCUGCACUGUCACCAGAGGGAGCUGAGGCAGCAUUAAAAGUCCAAGGCCCUGCCGCACUGCCUGGACAGUCCCAGGAGGUGCCCCUGGCUGAUCUGCAGGAGAGGAGCCAGAGGACCGAGGCCAGGCCGGGGGAGAGGGAACCCCUUCUGUCCCAGGCAAAGGCCAACGACGCCCAAGCAAAGCCAGCAGCAGCAGCAGCCGCCAGCACAGGGACACACAGCUCGGCCAGGGCCGGCCAGGGAGGGGAGGCUAAGGCCCCCGAACACAAAAUCUGCCAGUGCUGCUCCUUCAUGUAGACGCCCUCGCUGUACAUUCACCGCCUCUCUCCCUCCUCAGUCUCUCUGUUCUUCAAUUCAACACACACUCCUCCCCUCGCCUCUUUGUUUCACCCCUUCUAAUUAGUCCACAAGAUAAUUGUCUCUCCUCCCCCUACUCUCUGUGAGCCCCCCUCAACGUGAAGACAGGUGGGUGGGAUGGACUGGACCUGUCAGUGUUUAAGUGCCUUGAAGAGCUCUCUACCCGGAACUACUCUUUUUAAAUUCUCUUCUCACACAAUGUGGACCAAAAUAUGAGGUUUCUUUUUUGAAAUUUGUAUUUAAUUUAGUUGGUUAGCAGAUGAGCCAGCCAAUCUACAUAGGAUCAUAAAACACACAUCGUAGCUGCAGUUGAGCGGAAAUAACAAACUGUAUUAUUUUAUACUGUUGUAUCUACAUGUAACAUUCAUUAGGUCAUUUUCAUAAUCUAAAUAUGAGAUUUGACAUCCAAAGAUCUGUAGAGUUUCAGAGAGGACAUUCUUCUUAUUUAAUGACUUUAGAGCUGAAAUAUUUUAUGGAUUUUGGUCUUUUAUUAGAGAUACUUUUAAUCCAAGUAUAGGGCCCGAACAUUUUUGUUCACUGUAUUACAGGUUUUGACAAUACAUAGACUAAUAGUAUGAAAUGGUGUAAUUUAUAAACAACAGCGUGCGCCACUGAAUAUUUUGUGGGACGUUGCCAGUUUUAAAAGAGAUUAUUUUAAGAUACCUGAAUGUAUGAAUUUUGUAUUUUUAUCAGAUGUGCUUUUGAAAGAGGGGCUGGAUGUAUACACCGCAUGACAGAAACACGGGGCAUCGAGUGUCUGAGAUGUCAGCCAUGAAAUGAUUGAUGAAUGAUUUAAUGAUUAAAUUGACAUUUGUGAU